AUGGCAAAUUCUCAGAAUGAGACCAGGCUUUCCCGGGGCAGCCAUUGGUUCGCCAGCGCUAUAAAGCAGGCCCAUCCAGAAACAGCCUCUGGGUUUUCUCUCCUGAAGGCAGCCAGAAGAGAAUGGCUGCUGCAGAGCGGGAGGAGCGCAUCCAUGGCCCUGUACAACUCUGUCUACUUCAUCGUCUUCUUCGGCUCCCGCGGCUUCCUCAUCCCCAGGCGCGCCGAGGGGGCCACCAAGGUUAGUCAGGCCGUGCUGAGGGCCAAGGUUCAGAAGCUGGCCGAGAGCCUGGAGUCCUGCACGGGGGCCCUGGAUGAGCUCAGUGAGCAGCUGGAGGCCCGGGUCCACCGCGACCACGACCUGGGGGUUCCUGCUGACCAGCGCGCAGGGUUGUUGUCCUUUCCUUCUGUGACCACGGCCAGAAACCAUCCUCAGGGAAUGCCCCGGAUUUGUAGCUCUCUUAGGAAAGGCAGCACCACAUCCGGUGUGGAACUGAGUGCAAAGUAUGAGAAAAACUGCGCUGUGAGUGGAUGAGUCCUCAUGGGUCUUCUUCCUCAACGUCCUGACAGCCUGCCUGGACUUGAGUGCCAGGGACUCUGACUUGUUGGUCCCAGAGCAGUGUGUGACCCGAAAACCUUUUCCUAUGUCAAACACCUGCUUGGCUUCACACAAUAGGGCAGCUGCUGGUGUUUUAAUAUUCUUUUAAGGUCCCUGCCCCUGCCAUGAUGGUUUGAGCUGAGGAUGGAGGGGGUGGCACACACUUUGUCCUCCCCAAGGCUGGCUAGGAUUUGAGGUCCUCAGAGUGCCCUGUGAAGACCUCUCUUCCAGAGUUUCUAAUACCAAGAACUGGAAUGCAGAGCAAAAGCAGGCUCUCUCUGAGCUUGGUAGGAGGGUUCGGGACCCACUGAAGGACCAGGGCUGAUGUAACCUCCCCUUCCUGUCCCCUGAA